AUGAUGAAGCGAAUGGCUUGUUCAACAGUGAUUUCACGAAGACGGCGGAGCCUUACCCAAUCAGCCAGAAGAGCCUCGUCCCUCGCUCCUUGUCCAGUAUUGUCGACGGCAUUACCCCAACUGAGAGCCGUCUUUGCCAACAAGUCAACCAAGAACCCAGAAUCUGAUAAGAUUGUGUUUCCACUGUUGAGCAAGAAGAUUGAGGCAAACGUCUGGAAAACGGUGAAACUAAAUCAGGAACGAAAAGCUGCCGUCUUGGUGCCCUUGGUUAGUUUUGAUGGAACACCCUCCUUGCUAUUUACCGUGCGAUCGAGCCAUCUUCCAACGCAUGCCUCUGAAGUCAGUUUUCCAGGUGGGCAUUUUGACGUUGCAGAGGAUUCUACACUAGAAGAUACGGCAGUACGAGAAGCUCAAGAGGAAUUACUGGGCGAAGACUAUCCCUGGGACAAGGUUGAAGUCUUGGGACAGGCAACGGCGUUACCCUCGAUCAAGGGGACUCCUGUUACUCCCGUGAUUGCCGUGUUUCCAGUUCCAAUACAUGAAGAUACGUUUCCAGGACAUGAUGGCGAAGUGGAAGAAGUAUUCUGCGUUAGUCUGGAAGAUCUGAUUGCCAUGGAAACCACCGAGCCAUCUCCACGGUUCCGAGCAGAUAUCCCAGUCUUUCCUGCAGGGGACAACCAGAGGAUUUGGGGCCUGACAGCAGUGAUCACGCAACCCUUGCUGCACAAACUAUUCAAACCUGUCUUUUUGAUGAAGAAUGAAAACGCAGAAUCAAGGUCACGACUAUGA